CAUAUUUUGUAGUCUUGAAUGAAUUUUCUUUAUAUCACCCAUAUCACAAGCUUUGAAUUUCAUAGAUUCCAAGAGGAUAUUGAAAAUUGGGUUAAAUUUUAAAUUUGAUCUUUGAAAUCUUUGAAGUUUCAUCCUUAGUCUGUUUUUUACAAACUUCUUUAAUUUUCCUUCCUAGAGUGUUCGAUUGAAGUGUGCUAAUUUAUUAGUACAUUCACAUGUUUAGACUGUCUGCCCUUCAAUUUAGGUAAUUGUUAGUUACACUCUAUUAAAGAGCUGCUAGCAAAAAGGGCAAAACACAUUACAAUAAUUAGAUUUGAAGCCUAGAUAUUUGCUGUUUGCAAAAAUGGCAAAAAAAAAGCCUAACCCACAUAUACCGAUGUAAAAUGUAGCAAAUGCCUGUGAAAUUUAUCACUAUUUCGUUUCAUCUUUUCUUCUCACACUUUCCACCCUUUCCUCUUCAUUGAUACACUUCUCCAUCUCUACUUUUGCAUCUCCAUCGAUACAAUGUCCAAACUUUUUGACCAUUUCAUUUCGACUUCUUCCCAACUUCUCUACCGUUUCGACAAAAUGGCAAGUAAAAUAAUUGACCUGAGUGAAGCUGAGUUGCAAAAUCUGAGGGCAAGCAUUCAGAAACUGCAGCUUCAGAAUUGGCAUCUUGCUCAAUCAAACAGUCGCUUUUUAGCAGAAAUCAAUUUAGGGAGGAAGAGAAUUAAAUCACUGGAGCAUGAGAUUGAAUGCAAGGAGGCUUUGCUAAGAGCAAAGUGUUUGAAUGUAAAGGGUAAAGCAGAGAUGAACAAUAGAAAUUCUGAGUGGCAGCUUCAGGAAGGGGAGAAGCCAACAGGGCAACCUUCACUCGCAAUUGUUAAUACUGACACCAAAUCUUGCAAUGGAAAUACAAAGCCUCCUGGAAGAACUAGAAGCCAAUCUAUGGGCCCUUCAACUUCAUACUCGACGGUGGUUGAUAAAGAGAAAGUUGAGAACAAGAGGCAUUGUGUAAGAAGAAGACACUCUAGUAGAUUUAGAUAUCAAGUGAGAGACCUUGAAGAGAAGUUAUUUGAAAUAGAAGACAUAAAACUUCUUGCUAGUGAAGAAGAAGAAAAAGAAACGAAGAACAAUGGUAGCUCAUUAUCCUCCCCAAGAACUUCAGUUGGAAGGCCAUUUAGCAGAGCAGCUAAAGAGAUUCAAUCUUAUAAAGAAUCUCGUCUCAAUAUUAAAAUCAGAAGACAAGAAUGAGAAUUGAGAUUGGUAUAAUAUAACAUAUCUACGGUUUGUUGUUUGUGAUGUUUAUAUAUCAUAUUGGAUGUGGGAGGAAGUAAUUUAUGUUGCAAAUUUGCUUACAUGUAUGUAUUUGUAAUUACAUCAUUUUUAGAAUAUUGUGUUAUGAAUGUGGAGAAAGAGAUUUGAACUUGCGCAUGGUUCGAAAUAUUGAUAUAUGAUUAUCGAAGCUAUGUAUAAGUUUUUAAAAUUGUUAUUUUUAGACCCCUCUUGAUUGUUGAA